GCCCCGUGACGCGGGGUGGCGCCUGGCUGCAGUGUCGGAGGGGCUCCAGCUUGUCAGGUUCUAGCUCAUAUUUUCUGGCUAGACCUAUGACCAUUCCUGUGAAACUUCACACAUUUUUCUCAAAGUGUCUUCCUCAUCUGUUCUGUGUAAUUCUUCAAUAUGGACCUGCUACUUUAGCUAAACUAUGACCAGCAAUGCAUAGUAGCACGAUAUGUGCUGAUUAGAAAGCUCACUUGGAAGUGUGGAGCAUAAGACAGUGCCUUACAAAAAUGGGGUUUGGGAGUGACCUGAAGAAUUCACAUGAAGCUGUAUUAAAAUUGCAAGACUGGGAAUUACGGUUACUGGAAACAGUGAAGAAAUUUAUGGCUCUAAGAAUAAAAAGUGAUAAAGAAUAUGCAUCUACUUUACAGAACCUUUGUAAUCAAGUUGAUAAGGAAAGUACUAUACAAAUGAAUUAUGUCAGCAAGGUAUCCAAGUCUUGGCUACUUAUGAUUCAGCAGACAGAGCAGCUAAGUAAGAUAAUGAAGACCCAUGCAGAGGAUCUCAAUUCUGGACCCCUCCAUAGGCUCACUAUGAUGAUCAAGGACAAGCAGCAGGUGAAGAAAAGUUACGCAGGUGUUCACCAGCAGAUAGAGGCAGAGAUGAUGAAGGUUACAAAGACAGAAUUAGAGAAAUUAAAAUCCAGCUACCGACAAUUAGUAAAAGAAAUGAAUUCUGCCAAAGAGAAAUAUAAAGAAGCUUUAGCUAAAGGGAAAGAAACAGAAAAGGCCAAGGAACGUUAUGAUAAAGCCACAAUGAAACUUCACAUGUUACAUAAUCAGUAUGUAUUAGCGUUGAAAGGAGCUCAGCUUCAUCAGAAUCAAUAUUAUGAUACCACACUUCCUUUGCUUCUGGAUUCAUUACAGAAGAUGCAAGAAGAAAUGAUAAAAGCACUAAAAUAUAUAUUUGAUGAAUACAGCCAGAUAACCAGUCUUGUUACAGAUGAAAUAGUGAAUGUUCAUCAAGAAAUUCAAACUUCAGUUGAACAGAUAGACCCUAGCACAGAAUACAAUAAUUUUAUAGAUGUUCACAGAACAACAGCUGCUAAAGACCAAGAAAUUGAAUUUGAUACUUCUUUGCUAGAAGAGAAUGAAAACCUUCAGGCAAAUGAGAUUAUGUGGAAUAAUUUAACAGCAGACAGUUUGCAAGUAAUGUUGAAAACUUUAGAAGAAGAAAUUGUGCAGACACAGCAGUUGCUUUUGCAAAAGGAGGAGGCUGUCUUGGAGCUGGAGAAGAGAAUUGAGGAGUCUUCUAAGACAUAUGAAAAAAAGUCUGAUAUUGUGCUUCUGCUGAGCCAAAAGCAGACUCUUGAAGAACUGAAACAGUCGGUCCAGCAGCUGAGAUGCACUGAAGCAAAGUUUACAGCUCAGAAAGAACUUUUAGAGCAAAAAGUUCAAGAAAAUGAUGGGAAAGAGCCACCUCCAGUAGUAAACUAUGAAGAAGAUGCACGAUCAGUUACAUCUAUGGAAAGAAAGGAGAGGCUCUCCAGAUUUGAGUCUAUUCGUCACUCAAUUGCUGGACUAAUUAGAUCUCCAAAAUCUUCGCUUUCCCCUUCAACAUUUUGUGACACUACCCCGACAAGUGAGAAGCCCCUGACAGAGCAGGACUGGUACCAUGGAGCAAUUCCCAGAAUAGAAGCGCAAGAUCUGUUGAAGCAACAAGGAGACUUCUUGGUGCGAGAAAGCCAUGGGAAACCUGGUGAAUAUGUCCUUUCUGUCUAUUCUGACGGACAAAGGAGACACUUUAUCAUCCAAUUUGCUGAUAAUCUGUAUCGAUUUGAAGGCACUGGGUUUAUAAACAUCCCUCAACUGAUAGAUCAUCACUAUACAACAAAACAGGUUAUCACAAAGAAAUCAGGCGUGGUUCUACUGAAUCCUAUUCCUAAGGAUAAGAAAUGGGUUCUCAAUCAUGAGGAUGUCACAUUGGGAGAAUUAUUGGGCAAGGGCAAUUUUGGAGAGGUCUAUAAGGGCAUAUUAAAGGAUAAAACUGCUGUUGCUGUUAAAACGUGUAAGGAAGAUCUUCCUCAGGAACUGAAAAUAAAAUUCCUACAAGAAGCCAAAAUUCUGAAACAAUAUGAUCAUCCUAAUAUUGUCAAGCUUAUAGGAGUUUGCACACAAAGACAACCUAUAUACAUCAUUAUGGAGUUGAUUCCAGGAGGUGAUUUUCUUACCUUUCUGAGAAAGAAAAAGGAUGAAAUAAAACUCAAACAGUUGGUGAAAUUUUCAUUAGAUGCUGCUUCUGGUAUGGAAUAUCUUGAGAGUAAAAAUUGCAUACAUCGGGAUCUUGCUGCAAGAAACUGCCUGGUAGGUGAAAAUAAUGUUCUGAAAAUCAGUGACUUUGGAAUGUCUCGUCAGGAGGAUGGUGGUGUGUAUUCAUCUUCUGGCUUAAAGCAGAUUCCCAUUAAAUGGACAGCACCAGAAGCUCUUAAUUAUGGGAGAUACAGUUCUGAGAGUGAUGUGUGGAGCUUUGGCAUCCUCCUCUGGGAGACGUUCAGCCUCGGGGUCUGCCCAUACCCUGGAAUGACAAACCAGCAAGCCCGGGAGCAAGUGGAAAGAGGUUACCGAAUGUCAGCCCCACAGAAUUGUCCAGAUGAAAUUUUUAAAAUUAUGUUAAGGUGUUGGGAUUAUAACCCUGAAAACCGUCCCAAGUUCAUGGAACUUCAGAGAGAACUGGCUGGCAUCAGGAAGAAGUUCUCCUAGAGAUAGAGCAGCCCCUGCCACGGCCUCCCACUCUGUCCCCCAGACAGGGAUACUCUUCUCAUUCACAAUGAGACUGUUCCACAUUACCUGCAGCAGUCUGCUAAGAUUAUUUUUUAUUAACUGUUUUUUAAAGAAAUAUGUGCCACUUGGAGACAAAAAAGUAAGGCAGAUGCAUUCAAGUCCUAGGCAGCUUUCUG